GCGCAUUAGACGCGAAGGUUGUCAUGCUAGUGGGAUAUAAAAGGCGUUAUAAAAGGCUUAAUUAAUAAGAACGCACGAAAGUUUGCUACAAUGGCAACUGGUUUCCAAUCUUCAGUUUUCAAAGCAUCCGAUAUGGUUGUUGAUUAUUGUUGUAAGCCGUGUGAAGAGGAAAAUAUCAUUAAAGACGCGGAUGUGUACUGUGAUAAAUGCAAGACGUUUUACUGUGGAUCGUGUAGAAACAUGCAUAUUCAGUUGUAUAAAACGCACAAAACGUAUGAAAAAAACGAAAUACAGCAUUGGCCUCUUGCGAAAGCUAAAAUGGAUCUUUUAGAAAAGUGUUUGCUACAUCAAGAUAAAAAGUUGAAGCAAUUGUGCGAGGAUCAUGAUCUACUUUGCUGCAAUACUUGCAUCACCAUCGGUAAUUACUAAUAAUACAUUUUAAUUUAACAAGGCAUUUUAUUCAAUAUCAUGCGCUUAUAAGUUUUACUAUCUACGUACUGUAUAUAACAAUAGACAUAAUUUUCAACAGUUGAAAUAAACCCAAUGAAAAAUGGUCAUUAUUGCUCAACAACACAUGUGAUUUGUUAUAUUUUUUUAAUUCAUUUACAGCAAGUGUGGUAAAGUGUCCCUUAUAACUGAUUUUGUUCAGAGUCAGUCACCUGUUGAUUUCCGACAACUUAUGACAGACAUCAAGACGACGUUAGAUCAACUAAUGAUGCUUCAACACAGUAGGGAGGCCGACAUAAAGUCAUUGGAAGAAUCAUAUCAGACAAGUUUACAAGAAAUGAAUCGUGUGCGUAAGAAAAUAAAUGCUGCUUUAGACGAGCUUGAAAUGGCUACAUUUAUGCACCUAGGUGAAGCUGUCACAAGCUUAAAAGAAAAAUUAAAGACGGAACUUGAAAAGUGUACAGACAUGUACGAAACAGCUGAAUCUUUCAGAAACGCUGUUUGUGACAUCGGUGAUAAAAAGAAUGAACUUAUUUUUCUAGCCCACAAAAAGUGGUUAGAUAAGAAACGGCAGUUGAACUCGUUCUUGAAACAGAAAAGGUCUCAAGCAUAUGCAUGUUCCGUAUCAUUUCAAGGGUCCAUUGAUAUCGAAAGGUAUUUGUCAACCUUGUCUUGUUUGGGAAAAGUUUUGUACGAAAAGCAGAGCGAUUCCGAUCAUGCAUUAACAGUUAUUGAUAAGAAAGAGUGUAUUGUAAACUGCGGAGAUGACACCAAUGUACGAUGUGGAAUUACUGGCAUAUGCUGUAUUUCUGACGGACAGAUCAUAAUCACUGACUGGAAUAACAAAAACGUUAAGCUUGUGGACCGACAAUACAAAAUAAUAAGUCAGUACGAUGUUUCUUCAUAUGUAUUCGAUGUGUGUCGAACAGCUCCGUUUGAAGUGGCUGUUACUGUGGAGGAUAACAAAAACACUCACGAGGUACAGUUUAUAUCUGUCCAUGAAGGGACAUUGGUCAUUCAAAGAAAGUUUAAAGUACAGCAUGCCUGUAUAGGCAUUGCCCACCACCAUGGCGAGUUGUAUGUAACAUCGAGGGAUGCCUUGUAUAAAUACAGUUCUAGUGGCGAAAGACUUAGUAAACUGUACGAGGAUACAUCCACUUACGGUGCAGUGUUUAAGUGCGCAGUUAACCAGACCGGAGAAAUUAUUUACGUUACCAGUUAUUCACGGUGCGCGUUACUCGCAAUUGACAAAGACGGCACAGUUCUCUCAAUUUUCAUUGACCCCGAACUUGCGCAGCCAUGGAAUGAUUACGUGACAGCUCAUGGUCACGUACUUGUCUGCGGAAGGAACUCUAAUACAGUGAUUCAGGUUGAUAGCAGGGCUAGGAGGAAGAUAUCUACCCUUUUGAGACACAUAGAUGGUGUCCAUCUUCCGUUAUCAGUCGGUUUUACCAAGGAAACAGGCUCACUUAUCGUGGGACAAUGGGAUAAUAAUAAACUACUGAUUUGCACCACUAACUGAUCUGUGGUUGAACUGGGAAAGCGUGCUUGCUCUCAUAUACUGUAUAUAUAUAGAUAACUGCUUUGUGCCGAUAUAAUCAACAAUACAUUUAAGUGAAGAAAUACCUGGUCGAUGAACAUCCUAAAUAUGAGCAACUUGCAAAUAUAAUCAUACAUAAACCAUUACCGUGCUAAUCUAAAUCAAAACUAUUGAACGUCGUGAUACAAGAACGAUACAUUUCACAAUCUUCUAAAGCAACGUAUUCGCUGUUGUCUUUGUCGUCCAUGUAUCGCACCGACACUUGUCCAGGAAUAAUAUCGAGUGUAUUCGGUAGCAAAGUAACUUGUUUAUUGAUCUCAAGACACCAACAGAACUUCAGAUGGAUAUAAAUUAAGCCCUUCAUAUUUGCAUUGUAGUUUCAAAUAUUUCAGCUUCGAAAGAUGACGUAGAUAAUUUGGUAACAAUGUAACUAGCUUACCGAGCUUAAUGAUUUUGUGACUACGGCACGAUGACAAAUCUAAUCCAUCAUAUCUGCAAUCGAGUGUAAUAUAUUCAAGGUUCGGAAGAUCACGCAGUGAAUUCGGUAACAAUUUAACAGUUUUUCCAAGUUUUAUCCGCUCUAGUCUCCGACAAGACGUCAAAUCUAACCCGUCAUAUUGACAUUCUAAUGAUAGAGACUCCAGGUUAUUGAGCACAGAUAAAGCAUUUGGUACCAAGGUCACAUGUUUACCAAGCUCAAGUUUACGUAGAUUUCAAAUGAUGACAAGUCCAAUCCAUUACAUUUGCAGAUAAAUGUAAGCGACGUCAUAUCCGAAAAUCCACGCAAAGGUACCAGUUCCACAGGUUCCCAUACACUGAGCACCUGUAAACGUUGCAACAAAGAAAGAUCCAUUUUUGAAAAUGGUAGAUUAUAUAGUGUUUCGUCUAAGAAAUAAUCGCUUACUAUAAUCAAACAUUUUAUACAAUGCGCCGAUGAUGACAGUAUGCCAUUGAAAUUUAGGUCAGUUUUCAAUUAUACUUAACACAAGUGAUUGCACAUUGUACAUUUUGUAUGAUAAUAGGGAUUUCAAUCUUUUAUCAACAACAAUGUUAAAAUGAUGAAGUUGCAGAUAUAUGUCCUGAUCUUUGAAGGCAUUGGCUUUUGCUUCCAAAUAACCAGUGAAACAAAUAUCUCGAAAUUUCUUCAAUUUGUAUAUGUUUACAUACUCUUUAUACCGCGAGUUCAUAAUGACAGAUAAUCGACUUGCAGCAUUUAUAUCAAGUCCAAAGACAAAAAUGAAUACUUUAGAAAUGUCCAAACACGCAUCAGGAAAUCGAGUAAAAUAUACUGAUAAGACAUUGUCAAUGACGUUUACAUUAAGCGUGAUAUACAAUGCAGCUAGAAAUUCCUAAAAACUUUUGUGGAUGAACGACAUCGCGGAAGACUUGAAGCUCAAAGUUGAGGUUUUUCUCUCUGAUAGGAUUCCUGAAUAAGUGCAAACAUGUUUUGUUCUUCAGAAAGGUGUUGUAAUACUACUUUAUCUCUAAAAACUAAAGAACUAUCUCUUUCAAGAGAAAACAGCAGAUAAAAUGCUGCCCUUGAUAUAGAUUGUAUAUGAUCAUAACUUGGUUGCACAUUCGUUGUAUGUUCGAAGCAUUUGAAUGGCGUAUCCUGAAAAUAGCAUGAUUUGCUGCUGUUCUUCUUGAGAAGACUGUCCAAAAUCAGGCUGUAGAUUUCACAGGUUGAUCCUGUUAAAAUUGUUCCAUCCACCCACAAACACACAAUAUGUGUUAGCAUCACUGGAGUCAAUACCAAAUCGUUAAGUCUAUGUUUACGCACAUAACUCUCAAAAAGUUUGUGCUUGCUGUCAAGGGCUUCACUAAGAAGAAAUCCUAAAAUAUUUUUACUGAGAAUUGAUAUAUCGAUCACGCCUUCCAAUUCUAAAAUACAAUCAACCUGAGAAUUUUUGAAACGUUCGUCAGACAUUUUCCAUGGCCGUGAAGUAAUUAACUCAAAACACUGGGAUGUUUGAGCUAGAAAUGGCAUGACAAGUUCAUUGUCUGGAUCGCACCAUUCGUCCAAUCCGUCUUGAGCAACAAGACAUAUUUCCUCUUCAAAAAUAUGUUAAAGAAGUAUGUAUGCUGCAUUGACAUCUUUUUCAGCAUAGAUCUUUUCAAUUAUAUGUUUUUUAAUCAUCUCUGUUACUUUCCGUUGAGACUUAGACUCUCGUAAUGCAAUAUGAAAAACAAACUUAUACGCCUGUAGCGUUUCUACAUCAUCAAAGUGAGGUUUUUUAAAAUUAGAAUUCGAUGUAGUUGCGCAUUCAUUGCAUCAGUCUAACACUAAUUUAGCUGCAAAUGUGGUUUUCCCCUUGCCUGGUUCUCCUUGCAAAAAUACGUGCUUCUUAGUUUUCAGAUAAAUCUGGAAAAUGUCGUUGUAUUUGAACAUUUGGCCGGCUUUCAAUUUCUUACCGUCCUUUUCCGCAACAAUUUGAUGUAUUUCUGGUGUAAAAUAUAUUUCCAUUAAAUAUUUAUCAUGGUUUGGAACCAAUGGAGACACAGGUACGUGUCGUAGAUUGUCUAGGUAAUACUGCUUCAGACGCCGUUGAAAAUCUGAAAUGCAUAAUAAAAAGGAACACAUA